CCAAUAUGUGGUACGACCAGCGGAGCAUCGCCUGGGUCAUCAUCGCAACGACAGUCUUUGGAUUUCUGUUCUAUUCCCUGACGGUGAUGGCAUGUUUGAUAUCUCCUGCUUGUCCAUUCCAGACACCAACAUCGACGAUGUUGCGCAUGUUGCGCAUCGACAGUAAGAUCAUUUUCCUGAGUUCUGGUGGUUAUUCCCCGUCUGAAUCAACAUGGCAGGGGUUCUACGCCUGGUAUUCAAACGAACCUCCAGUUAUUUCCAGCAGCUUACGAAGUCGCUGCACGGCGUGCUGGAACGAUCGCUUGACGUUGUCAGACCAGGAUGGAACCGAUUGUCUGCAGUAUCUAGAGGCCCUGUACGUGCGAUCGGCGCAUUCGCACAGCGAUCUCUUCAGCAGUCAAUCACUAGUCUUCAUAACCGGCUGCGUUUUGUCCUGCGCUUUUCCACAAAGGUCGUGGACUCGGAAGCACAAUUGCUUGGACCGAAUCUAAAUGUUUCGUCGGACAAUGACCACGUCCUCACCCUCCCUGACAUACCUACCAGCAAUCUGGAAGCACCUAGCGUCAAGUGGCUGCUCGAGACCUCUACGGAUCCUGAAGUAUUUCUUGCCGCUGCCAGCCUUGUUCCGCAGGUCGAAUGGCCCCUAGAUCUUGACGUCUCAGACAUGCUGCAUCAGCUGUAUGAUAUUUAUACGAGCUGCGUUGGCUUCCACGGGCAAAUUAUGCCGUCGUUGGAGGAAAAGGCCUCAGCUUGUUUAAUGGCUAUGAGUCAUUUAUAUUGUGGCCACGUUCUCAAGGCACACCCCACCAGUGGCAAAUUUCUUGGUUGCAGGGAAAGAGAUUAUGACACGUUUGACCAGAUGAUUCAGAGGAACAUAAAAGAUGUCGACCAGAGGGUGCUUAUUGUGACUAGGAAUCUUUGUUUUCUGCAAGAUGAAGAUCGCAGAUUUCUGUGGUUUUCGUUGUAUGAUUGUCCCGGCUCCGUAGCGGAGUGGCUGUCACAUUCCCUUCCUUACCACUUUGUCACUGGGCGAGCGAAUGAAAAAGUGGAAAUAUUCGCCAUAGAGGUGAUAUCAAAACUGCUAUCAUCUACAUCCUCUCCAUCGAACCAAAUCAUGGCCAAUUGCGCUCUUCUUGCUUGUGUCAUGGUCGGGGUUCAGUUUGACAAGAAGGACAUAGUUCGGAUUGAUAAAAGUUCUGCCCUGCCUCGAUUUGCGAAUACCCUUUUGGAGCAGUUCGAAAUUACUCUCUGGACACGUUAUGAUGAUCUCAGCGACGACAGCACAGGUAUAGCAUAUCGGGAAGCCAACCUCAUCGAAGCCAUUUGUCUUGUGCUCAAGUCUGCCAAAAAUUACUAUAAUCCUUCAUUGCACGCCAUGCGGAACCUGGACGCGUGCAGGAAGAUUUACUCACGAAUCAAAUCAUACUGGGCCGAACAACAUAAUCCCUGGGAGCUCAUGGAUGACCCGCAAAAUACACUGCAGAAUGCACUGCGCUUCACGCUCACUGCUGCCAAAGUAUCUCGGGACCCUGUCAACUUGUGGCAUUGCCAGUGUUUAGGGACAGGUGAUUCCCAUUCACCCGAAGACUUUGACUGGCUGAUCGACUACCUCGACGAGUGCAUUCGUUUCGACGAUGACGAAGCUUUAUUUGACAUCCUUUUACUCCUGUUUUCCAGGAAAGUACGCUGCAGCCCUGCUAAACGACACCAGUUCCUCAACAGCCUCAUCGCCUGCAUGCAUAGUAACACUGUCCAUUUACGUCAUGCUGCUCUUCGCCUUGCCCACAGUGCCCGAGAAGAUAUAGUCUUGAUCGAUGCCAUUGAUAAUGCGGAGCUGCGGGACAUGAUCUUGACUGAGUUCUCCCCCGCUAUCCUGACUGCAGUUUGUCCGCAACCAGGUGUGACACUCUCCCAUGAUAGCCCUGACCGCUUCGUCCGUGAUCAGAGCGACUUGUGCUAUCUCGAACUGCUCUUUUCCCUCGCGAGGAAUUCCAACUGGCACCUCCAUUUGUUUGCGGAUCAACAUAUAGAUCGAUGCAUUAGCAUGGUUGCAGAGCACCGCGUCGGGAAACAUGCAUUUUACCUAACUGGCAUUCUCCUCCGGAUCGCACCUGAACAAUCGUCGGUUACAUCCCUCAAUUCUAUUACAGAGUGGCAGUGGUGGAACAUGGUGCAAAGUGCAUGGGGCUGUGCCCACUAUGUAAUUGACGACAUACACUGUUUCGAGUUCCUUCCUGUCCUUGCGGAAGGCACGAAGAGGUAUAUGCACAUUGCUCGGGAACUCGAUCUCAAGCUCCUCAUCGGAAAUGUGGAUAGUGUUCUUAACGCACUAGAGGGGCGAGAUUCACAGCAGGGAGAGGGUGAGAGUGUCGCCGUUGCUGUGAAAGAGUUGAGGACUGCUGCCAGCGAUAUGCUUGAGAAGUUGGUCAGCAGUCGAGGAGUUGUUAGUCCCUGAUUAUCACAGUAUUUGCGUGUUGUGCUAGCGUCCUGGGACCAGAGGAAGGGAUGGAGCGAUACGACUGGGAGGGGAUCAGUAUCGCGAC